AACGAAGAGCCUAAGCCGUGGGUGGAAGGCGUCAAGAAGCCGAGCGAGGCGCUAGAGCGCAUUCGAAUUGAAAUUGGUCGAUUGCGUGGGAAGAUGAAGGGGCAAUCUGGUAUCCGCAACUUCUCUCAUAUGAAGAACCCCAGUAGGAUCGAUGAUUUAAAGAAAGAUUUUAGCGAAGCCUUGGCAAUGUUCCAGCUGCAGACAAACUUGACGGUUGGUGCAAUGACAAACAACCAAGAUCGGUUAACUCGUGGAGUAGAAGAUUCCUCAGUUCUGAAUGAACUCAAAUAUCCCAUUGUCCCCCAUCACGAUUCAACGCACCCGUGCCUGAAAGACACUAGGACUGAUCUGAUCGAGCGUAUUAUGACGUGGUGUCGUACCACGGAGGAUAGCAAGAAUCGUGUAUUACUGCUAACGGCCGUGGCCGGUGCCGGCAAGACAUCUGUCGCGCUCUCGAUCGCAGAAGAGUGUAAAAGAGAAAAAAUGUCAUCAGCAAGCUUCUUUUUCAAAGCAGGCGAGCAGCCGCAGCCGGACCAUCUCUUCAGCGGCAUGGCUCGAUCUCUGGCAACCCACGACGCUGCAUACCGAGCCUCCCUCAUAUCCGCUCUUCAAGAGGAUCCAGCCCUCUCAACUGCCUCGUUCCCGACACAAUUCGAGAAACUAGUGGCUGAACUUCUCCAUCUCAGGACAUCCUUGUCUGACCGUCCCAUUGUUAUUAUCAUUGAUGCGUUAGACGAGUGCGACACAAAGUCAUUCCCACAUCUUGCCGAUAUACUUCGGAAGGCAGUCCCAAAACUACCACCUAACAUCAAAUUCUUUCUCACUUCGAGACAAUUUGACCUCGUUGAUCGUUUCCUAUCACCUAAUUACCCUAUUGAUCGCCUCACCAUCGAUCUUUCGGACGAUGCUAACCUGCAUGACUGUUCUAUCUACAUCCAAUCACAACUACACGAACUGAAGGAUGUGCAUCCUGGUUUGGAAGAUGGAAUCGGGGAAGAAGAUACAUUAGUCCAAAGCAUACGAGAGCGGGCGGGCGGCUUGUUCAUUUGGAUCAGCACUGUCUUUGAUUACAUGAAGGUCAGCGGCAGUGAUGCUGCGAAGAUGCUGAAGAAACUGCUGGAUGAAGAUCUCAACCGAUCAAAGGCGUCCGCUGAGGAAAUGAUGGAUAAGCUAUAUGCGAGUAUUUUGGAGAAGUGUAACUGGAAGGAUGACGAUUUUGUGCAUGACUAUCCGAUUGUGAUGGGAGCAAUUCUAAUCGCACAGAAGCCACUAUCUGUUGCGGCCUGGGAUGCCAUUCUGUCACCGCUGCUGGAGUCAGACAUCCGAUAUACAUUAGCUCAACUUUCACCUCUCGUCUCAGGAGUAAGAGAUCCUGACAAGCCAAUUCGUAUUCUACACCAAUCCUUUCGUGACUUUCUCAUGGACCGAGUCGAUCCACAAUCAUCCAUACUUGGUCGAUUUGGAGUGGAUGCGAGGAGGGAGAACAAUAGAGUGGCCCUGCGCUGCAUCGAAAUCUUGAAUAAAGAUCUUCCCACUAUGAAGGAUUUAGGGCUGAUUGAGGACUUACCCCAAAAAGCUAGGCUGCCCCCCAUUCCUCAAGAAGCGCUGUCUGAACAUGUCCAAUACGCAUGUCGGCAUUUCAUGCAUCAUCUCAGCCAAACUCAGGAGCCACUGGAGGUGCCCAAUGGGCCUAUUCACGCAUUUCUCAACAAGCAAAUAUCACGCUGGGUGGAAGUCUGUGUGAGGACAGAAGGGUACAUUAGUAUAUCAUUGUUCCCUGAAUGGGCCAAGUUGAACGUUGAUCGGGCGUCCAAAGAAGUCAUUCACAUGUUGGUCAAAGUGUUUCGCAAUGUGAGGAGAAAUCUUGCAUUCUUUUUAAGAUUGCAGGAGGCAUAUGAGUUGGCAAGUGAUUCAGUUGCACUGUGCCGUUGCCUUGUGUCUACGGACUCAGAGUCACACACCCCGGAGCUGGCUCGAGCACUCGGGAAUCUAGAUGCAUCACUCACCAAGCUUGGACAACAUUCUGAGGCACUCCCUGUGAAUGAAGAAGGUGUUAAACUCUGGCGUGAGCUGGUUGCCAUCCAUCCAACAUCAUACACCGCGGAUUUGGCUGGAGCGCUCUGGAGUCUUACAGUAUCACUCGAAAAUGUUGGACGCCAUUCCGAAGCGCUCAUGGCGAUUGAAGAAAGUGUAAAACUCUGGCGUGAGCUUGUUGCCACCCGUCCAACAUCAUACACCCCAGAUUUGGCUCGGGCGCUCCGGAAUCUUUUUGUAUCACUCAACAAAGUUGGACGCCAUUCCGAGGCACUCACAGUGAUCGAAGAAAGUGUGCAACUCUCACGUGAGCUAGUUGCCACCCAUCCAACAUCAUACACCCCAGAUUUGGCUGCAGCGCUCCGGAAUCUUAAAGUAUCACUCGACAAAGUUGGACGCCAUUCCGACGCGCUCACUGUGAUCGAAGAAAGUGUGCAACUCUGGCGCAAGCUAGUUGCCACCCAUCCAACAUCAUACACCCCGGAUUUGGCUCAAGCGCUCCAGAAUCUUACUGUAUCACUCAACAAUGUUGGACGUCAUUCCGAAGCGCUCACGGUGAUUGAAGAAAGUGCACAACUCUGGCGCAAGCUAGUUGCCACCCAUCCAACAUCAUACACCCCGGGUUUGGCUCACACGCUCCAGAAUCUUUUUGUAUCACUCGACAAAGUUGGACACCAUUCCAAGGCGCUCACUGUGAUUGAAGAAAGUGUGCAACUCUGGCGCAAGCUGGUUGCCACCCAUCCAGCAUCAUACACCCCGGAUUUGGCUGGAGCGCUCUGGAAUCUUAAAGUAUCACUCGACAAAGUUGGACGCCAUUCCGAGGCAUUCACUGUGAUUGAAGAAAGUGUGCAACUCUGGCGCGAGCUAGUUGCCGCCCAUCCAACGUCAUACACCCCAGAUUUGGCUCGAGCGCUCCGGAAUCUUUCUGUAUCACUCGACAAAGUUGGACGCCAUUCUGAGGCACUCAUGGUGAUUGAAGAAAGUGUGCAACUCUGGCGCGAGCUAGUUGCUACCCAUCCAACAUCAUACACCCCAGAUUUGGCUCGAGCGCUCCGGAAUCUUUUUGUAUCACUUGACAAAGUUGGUCGCCAUUCCGAGGCACUCACAGUGAUUGAAGAAAGUGUGCAACUCUGGCGCGAGCUAGCACUCCUUGUGAAUGAAGAAAGCGUGAAGCUCUGGCGCGAGCUAGUUGCCACUCAUCCGGCAUCAUACACCCCAGAUUUGGCUCAAGCGCUCGGGAAUCUUGUAAUAUCUCUUAACAAUCUCGGACACCGUUCUGAAGCACUCCUCGUAAAGGAAGAACGGCUCAGACUCCUAUGCCAGUAGUUGUCAUUUAUCUGAUAUCAUCCACUUCGGGUUCGACACGAUCAUUCUACAGCCUCACCAGCUCAUGCAAAAGCCACCAUGAAUGUCAAGGCUCUAACUUUCGUUGAAGAUUCUAUUGCUAUUUGUUGUUCGUGGCGUGUUACUCACCCACCAUCAUGUGU